AUGACGGACUCCUCAUCCGUCCCCACCCCCCUCUGGGCUCCGCCAGGGACUCCUCAUCCGUCCCCACCCCCCUCUGGGCACCGCCAGGGGCUCCUCAUCCGACCCCCCCCCCCUCUGGGCACCGCCAGGGGCUCCUCAUCUGUCCCCACCCCCCUCUGGGCACCGCCAGGGGCUCCUCAUCCGUCCCCACCCCCCUCUGGGCACCGCCAGGGGCUCCUCAUCCGUCCCCACCCCCCUCUGGGCACCGCCAGGGGCUCCUCAUCCGUCCCCACCCCCCUCUGGGCUCCGCCAGGGGCUCCUCAUCCGUCCCCACCCCCCUCUGGGCUCCGCCAGGGGCUCCUCAUCCGUCCCCACCCCCCUCUGGGCACCGCCAGGGGCUCCUCAUCCGUCCCCACCCCCCUCUGGGCACCGCCAGGGGCUCCUCAUCCGUCCCCACCCCCUCUGGGCACCGCCAGGGACUCCUCAUCCGUCCCCACCCCCCUCUGGGCACCGCCAGGGGCUCCUCAUCCGUCCCCACCCCCCUCUGGGCUCCGCCAGGGACUCCUCAUCCGUCCCCACCCCCCUCUGGGCACCGCCAGGGACUCCUCAUCCGUCCCCACCCCCCUCUGGGCACCGCCAGGGACUCCUCAUCCGUCCCCACCCCCCUCUGGGCACCGCCAGGGGCUCCUCAUCCGUCCCCACCCCCCUCUGGGCACCGCCAGGGGCUCCUCAUCCGUCCCCACCCCCCUCUGGGCUCCGCCAGGGGCUCCUCAUCCGUCCCCACCCCCCUCUGAGCACCGCCAGGGGCUCCUCAUCCGUCCCCACCCCCCUCUGAGCACCGCCAGGGGCUCCUCAUCCGUCCCCACCCCCCUCUGGGCUCCGCCAGGGGCUCCUCAUCCGUCCCCACCCCUCUGGGCACUGCCAUAG